AAUUACAGACUUCAAUGGUUUAUCAGCAUACUAUAUAGAUCUGGAUUUUAAAGUUUGCUUUAAUGAUGGAGGACCUUGUGCUUUUCAAACAACAAUAUUUUCCAAAACUGAAUUACCAAAAGUACACUGUGGCCUGACAAAGGGGUUUAGGAAUACAAACUGGUCAAUAUCAGAAUGGUACAGUCAUAUGCAGAUAGACACAUCAGAAAAAUUGUCUACAAAUGCAAUAUUGAUGCUAAUGGAUACACUUGGUAUAGCACCUUUUCUGAAGGAGAAACAAUGCAGUCGACAUGAUCCUAGCUCUGUUUUUGCUGCCCAGUACCAGGGUUGGAGCACAGAUUGUAGAUCAACAUCCAUUUCACUGCCUCAUCUUGACACAUCUGUUAUAACAUGUUACUUAGAUGAUAGUUGUAACAAUGUCCAGUGCUGUCUUGAUGUGGACUUAAUUGACAGAUCUUUAUAUUUCUUUGUAAACUUUGAUCCCUGCAACUAUGUUUUAAAGUUUGGGAUUGAGAGAUUAGAGAUGGAUAUUUUGCUGAAUAGUUAUCACUGGGGUGAAUGGGAAGAAAUGGACCUGUAUGGAGUACUGAAAAUAAAGUAUUUGAUAGAUGACUUUUAUGCGGAACAACAAUAUGCCAUUUCUAUGGUCAUUGGGUUAUGUUGGGAAUAUAAUGGGCCUUGUCAAGAAUUACAGAUUCUUGAUAGAAGUAGAGUGCCUAAAACAUUGUGUAACUGGGAUAAAGGAUUUAAAAUACCAGAUUUUUCCAUUUCUGAAUAUAUGUUGGAAAAAGGACUGACUCAGCUUAAUCAGAUGACAGCAUCAGAUGUAGUUGAAACUCUUGGAGUAUCAUCUUAUUUAAAGUCUCCAUCUUGUGACAGAUCUGCAACACCUUUUACAGUUCACAAUAAUGGAUGGUCAAAUGAUUGUUCAUCAAAAGCAACUGUUGUGUUAGAAGAACCAAUCUCUAACCAUACAUCCUGCUACAUUCCUGACAAAUGCACAGCUGUAUAUUGUUGUACAGAUACCCCACUGCUAAACAUCACAGUGAACACUGUUGUUGAUCUAGAUAUUUGUAACUAUAAACUCACUGUAACACUGGAGGAAGUGACACUGGAAUAUACCUUAGUUGAUUAUGAAUAUGGAUCUAGGAAGAAAUUUUCACUGUAUGGAUUUCUUGAUUUGAGUUUUAUAAUAGAGGAUUUGACCAGUGAUGGUGUAGUUGUAUUCAGUGUAAAUGUGUCUGUAUGUUUAGAAUCAGCUGCUACUUGUGAACUUGAACAAACAUUAAUGAAAGAUGUUAGACUUCCUAAACCUGCCUGUAACUUGAAUGCUGGAUUUAAAAUGCCAAAUUUCUCACUGACAGAGGUCCUAUCAGAAAAGGGAGUAACUUUUAAUGGCUUACAACUUUCUACAUACAUAACAUCAGUGCUGCUUCAUGACCUUGGUGUUGCCCCCUUCUUAUUGGAAAGUCAGUGUGAUGUCAGUAACUUACCUUAUUUCCCAAGAAAGAAUGGAUGGAAUAUAGGCUGUCAGAAAGAAAUAACAAUGGUAGAGCUUGACGAGUCUACUGCAUGUCACCUUUAUGACUACUGUACUGGAAUAACUUGCUGUACAACUGUAGAAAUGAUUGGCAGAUCUAUUAAUACAUAUCUUACACUGGAUCCCUGUAACAAAAGGAUGAGUAUAGGGAUAGAAAAGUUCACUGUUAACAUCAGUCUCUUUGAUUAUGACUAUGGCAAACAGGAACAUAUCAAACUAUUUGGACUUGUGGGACUAGUCCUAAUGAUAAAAGAUUAUCCAACAGAAAGACAGUUUGAAGUGACAUUAGAUUUGAGUAUUUGUUUUGAGUCCAGUUCACCUUGUAUGAUAUCUUUCCCAAUUUUGAAAAAUACCAUUCUUCCUAAAUCUUUAUGUGAGUGGAAAAGUGAUUUCAUUGAUCCAAGUUUACCCAACAAGAGAUUUGGCUACAAGAUGAAAUGUGCAUAA